AUGACUAAUGCAAAGAUUUUAGUAGCUCAUAUAAGUGAAGGCGAUGCCGAUGAGGCCAUCAGAAAAGUCAGGAAAGUGAAUGAAAAAUCGGGCCCCUUUGACCUAAUAGUUGUAUUCAGUAAGUCCUGUGAUGAAACUUUUGAGCCGAAUACUGAUGGUUUACCCCAAUUACUAUUAAUAUCGUCAGACAAGGAUAAUAAUUCAAAAUCCAAAAAAAUAAAUGAAAAUGUAACAUUACUGCAUAGUUUGGGUAUUUAUAAAUUAGCAAAUGGUAUCACUCUUUCCUAUCUCACUUAUCCAAGCGAUGCUCUCCAAGAGCAAAAAAAAAACAUACUCGACGAAUUUAGUAAAAGUGAUAGUCAAAUAGACAUUCUCGUUACAAAAGAAUGGGGCCUUCCGAUCUCCGAGAGAUGUGGGAGGUUGUCUGGGAGUGAGAUUAUCGAUGAGUUAGCGAAAAAAUUGCAAGCUAGGUACCAUUUUGCCUUUUCUGAUGAAAAGAACUUUUACGAACUAGAGCCUUUCAAGUGGGAAAGCGAACGUUUGUCAAGAUUUCUCAACAUUCCGAAAUAUGGAUCCGGGAAGAAAUGGGCCUAUGCAUUCAACAUGUCAGUAGGAGACAAAGAACUCAAAGACGAACCUGAGCCACCCAAUGUGAUAGCUAACCCGUAUAAAAAUGUGAUUACGGACAGCAACAAAAGACCAUUGGAAACAGGAACAGAAGCUUUGAUCGAUGGAGAUCAACGAUUACCUGCUAAUAGAGCAAAGAAUGAAAACAAGAAAAUCCGAACGAUUCUACCCUCAAAUUGUCAUUUCUGCUUUUCAAACCCAAACCUCGAGGACCAUAUGAUAAUUUCAAUCGGUAAGCUAGUGUAUUUAACCACAGCCAAGGGGCCUUUAAGCGUACCCAAGGGUGAUAUGGAUAUCUCAGGACAUUGUCUUAUCAUUCCCAUUGAACACAUUCCAAAAUUGGACUCAAGCAAGAACGCAGAGCUGGCGCAAAGUAUUUUGGCUUAUGAAUCCAGCCUUGUGAAAAUGAACUACGUAAAAUUUGAUAUGUCCACGAUUGUUUUCGAAAUACAGUCUGAACGUUCCAUUCAUUUCCACAAACAAGUUAUUCCCAUCCCGAAAUACCUCGUUUUGAAAUUUUGCAGUGCCUUAGAUAGACAAGUUCAUUUCAAUAACGAAAAAUUCACAAGAAAUGCCAAGCUAGGUUUCCAACUCUACGAUUCUCAUUCUUCCAAAGAAUAUUCGGAUGUAAUUAACAACCAAUCCAAUAAUUAUUUACAGUUCACCGUCUAUGAGACUUCUGAGGCAAAUCCAAAAAUAUAUUUGGCCACAUUCAAUGCCAGUGAGACAAUAGACUUGCAAUUUGGACGACGCGUUCUAGCUUUUUUACUCAACUUGCCUCGCAGAGUGAAAUGGAAUUCUUCAACUUGUUUACAAACCAAGCAACAAGAGACUGUAGAAGCAGAAAAGUUUCAGAAAGCAUACAAGGCCUAUGAUAUUUCUCUCACAGAAAACUAA